AUGAAGUUUCUCACGCGCGCUGAAAAAUGGUAUCGGAAAGUUGCGAUUGUCGGCAUUGUUUUGUGCAUGCUCGGGUAUAGCUACGUGUACCUGGACUACUUGAGCGAUAGGUUUUUCUACACGACCACCCAGCUGGAAAACGCAUAUUUUGUGAACAAUCCUGGUUGCAAGAUUGUCGCCUUGGAUGUGAUGAAUCGACGCAUAUCGCACUACAUGUACUUGCUGCCCGCAACCAAGUGUCCGAAUUCCACCUGGUUCGAGACCAAAAUGUACGGAGGCAGUUGGACUCUUGAGCUGAGCAUGAACAUGAAGUUGCAGCUCGAGGGCAUGGAUGUUCACUGUCAGUACUGGCCAGUGACCAGUCUGUCUGGUGGGUCGAAAGAGAUUGGGAGAGCUGUGCACUUUCGACUGGAGGAACCAUAUCGUGUGACCAUGGCCCAUGGCAUACGACUGAUACGUGUGGCCUGCUUGGAUAGUUCCAACCAGACGCUGCAUCAGGAUGUGCAUUUCUUUGUGCAACCACCGCCCAAGCUUGGCCUGAGAAAUGAGACUUUGCCUUUGAUUCUGUGGCGGCAGUCCAAGACGAAGAAAAUCGAACCGACCAGCAGUCGCAAGACUACGUCCAAGAAAAAACCAUUGCCGGCCGCUCCACUCAUAUCGAUCAUGAUACUGGGGCUCGAUAAGGUCUCGCAUUUGAAUUUUCUGCGUCAAAUGCCUGUCACUGCCGGCUACAUCCGCACACAGCUGCCGCACGUUGAGUUCUGGGGCUACAAUAAGGUCGGCGGCGAUACGUUUCUCAAUCUUAUGCCCAUGCUCACGGGCAUGAGCUUCGAGCACUUUCACAUCGAGUGUGGGCUGAGAAAAGAGCCAUCGAACCACUUGAAAUACGAUAAGUGUGAUCUGCUGUGGGAGCACUUCAAGAGAAGGGGCUAUAACACCAGCUAUGGCGAGGAUGAACCGGUUUCCGGUGUAUCGAGGCAAUUUAAAUCGAUAUCCAGAGCUCCAACGUUCGAUCAUUACCUGCGUCCCACCCUCAUUGAGAUGAAUAGCUACUGUAGAACCUUUGCUAAGCUGGACUACAUCCAUUGUUCGGGCGGACGGGAGUACGCGGAUGUAUUGUUCGAGCACAUCGAACGUCUGUUGCCGCACAAGCAGCGUUAUCCUUUCUUCUCCUUCUACUGGUGGAAGCAGGGAGUUUUCGAUUACUUCAACUAUCCCCAAAAACUGGAUAUACGUUUCUUUAAGUUGCUGCGCCGCCUGAGUGCGACCGGCGUUAUGAACAACACCUUCAUUCUGCUGAUGUCAGACCACGGCCUACGCUGGGGUCCCUUCAGACGCACGUAUCAGGGCAUGUUGGAGGAUGGACUGCCCCUACUGUUUGCUAUUUACCCCGCUUGGCUGAAAAAACGGUAUCCAGAGGCACUCGACAAUUUGGCGGACAACGACCGCAAUCUGGUGACCACAUACGAUCUCUUCUCCACUCUGUACGAUCUCAUCGACUUAAACAAAUUGCGUCCACAAUCGCUGGCUUCGCGAGCCGAUAAGCUAAGGUUGAUGCGCGAUGCCGUAAUCCCACGAGGCAUGACUCUUUUCCUGCCAGUAUCUCCAUUCCGCACAUGCAAGACCUCUCGUAUUCCGGCCGACUACUGUGUGUGCCACGGCUUCAUAUCCUUGUCGGUGAGCGAUGCGCGUGCACAGCGAGCUGCUCGGGCUAUCGUGCGCAUCAUCAACGACAACCUGCGUCCCUUCUCGCAAUGCCAAUACCUGCAGUUGGAUGCGGUCCUGAAGGCCUACCUAUAUAGCACACAGCGUGAACUCAGUCAGCCGUAUACCAAGAACGAGGCUGAGCAGGAGGUGAAGGUGCGAUUGCAGACGCUGCCCGGCGAGGCUCAGUUCGAGGCCACCACACGUUUUACGGGCUUUACGAUGGCGCUGACUGGCGACAUAACGCGCAUCAACAAUAUCCACAAUCAGUCCUACUGCACCAAAAAUCCCAAUAUCAGGAUGUUCUGUUAUUGCAAGCCAGCUCCAUAUGCAUCCAAUAAAAACGAUUAA